AUGAAGACGCAGAGCAAAGUUCAGCACCGAUCCCCAUCGAGAAAAUCUCCCAGAUUCUCAUCUCCUUCGUCCACUCACGUUUCGGCCCGAUCUGAGCCCAAAACCAGAGUCAAAGCCAAAUCCCGGCCCGAAUACGCCUUGGCCCUGUCCCUGCAUGUGGUGGAGCAGGUUCCCCUGGACGCCUGCUAUCCUUCUGACGAAGAUAACAAACCCAUCCGUAGAUCGUCGAGAUUCACCGCCAACAAGUACAGAACUCCGCCGUCGGAGGCCGCCGGACCAAAAUCCCGUCCUGCAUUGACUUUGACGUGCGGCGAGAAUGUGGGUCCCGGCGAGAAACGGCUCUUGCUUCUGGAGUACGGAGAGGAUGCGGGUCGGGUUCGGAAGAGGGCGAGAGUGGAUCCGGGCCAAACGGUUCUGAGGAGGUCUUACAGGUUGAAAGAGGGUGUGAAAGGAAAUUCGGCCCCCACUCGACUGCUGGCAUUGCCCGAGUCGAGUGGCAAAGCUGCGAAGAAGUGCUUUUUGAGCGAGAAGUGCUUGCGGUCGAGGAGCGUUUUGAUGCAUAAGGUGGAGAAGGCUUCUACCAAGGAACAUUGUUAUGAUUUAAGCUUAAAGUGCUUAUCGGGGCCUCCUUUGAUUAAGCAUGCGUCGGCAAAAUCGCGCGAAGUUAAGGAGAAAAGGCUUUCGACAAGUGGUUCUAGUGGGAAAAGUAGGUCCAAGAAAAGCGGUGGAGAUUUUGGCGUAAAUGGGAAGACUUUAAGGUCUGAGGAAUCGGGGCUUGCUUUAAUUGAGUGGUCCGGAAGUUCGAGGAAUAUUGAGAUGCAUUCAUUGUCUGAAAAAAGUACACUUUCAGACAAGGAAUGUUCGAGGUCGGCAAGAAGUGCGAGAAGGCAAUUGCGGAAAGAAAUGUCGGAGGGAGGUAGUUCUGUGAUUGAAUUGCCUGAAACCUCAAUAUAUCCGAGAAGUAGAUCAAAGAAGUCUCGUAAGGGUCAUGAUGGCAGCUCAAAAAGUGAGAAAAUUGCGGCUGCAAGUGAGGAGAAACGCUUAGAGUUGAGAAAUGUUGAAAUGCAUGUGCAGAAGGAAAGCUCUGAGAGAGAAGGUUCUGAGUUGAAUGAGAACGGCUUACGGUCUCCGAAAAUAGAGUCGAUUCUAAACGAACUGUUUGGUGCUACUGACGAGAUGGAUGCGGAGAAUUGUGAUUCUGAUGUGCAGAGUGAAAAAUGCCUUAAGUCUCGCAAUGUUGAGUGUGAAGAGAACACAGAUGAAAAAUAUGGGAAAUCGACGGAUGGAGUUGAACGGCCGGGUUCUUCCAGUAGAAAAGGUAAUGCCGGUAAAAAUGUACAAGAAUCUGAGGGAAAGGAGAAGAAAGUCGUGUGCUGUUUCGUAGGGGAGCCAAUUCCGGAAGAAGAAGCUCGGAAGAAGUGGCAGUGGCGAUACGAUUUAAAGAGCAAGAAAAAAGGCAAAGGCUGGAAAAUAAAUGCGGAUGGAGAAGAUGAGAUCGUAUUGAACGUGUCUUGCCAUUAUGCUCAAGCCAGAGUUGGUAACUGUCUUCUGGAUAUCGGAGAUUGCGUGUAUGUAAAGGGUGAAGGAACAAAGAAACACAUCGGUCAGAUAUUGGAAUUUUUCAAAACAACACUAGGCGAUGACUACUUUAGAGUCCAAUGGUUUUUCAGGGCUGAAGAUACGGUCCUCAAGACCACUGCCUCAUCGCAUGACAAAAGGCGGUUAUUCUACUCCACUUUGACGAACGACAACUUAUUAGAUUGCAUCAUAUCAAAAGUUAAUGUUGUUCAAAUACAGCCCACGGUAUCCCUAAAAUCGAAGAAUAUUCAGUCAGCUGCAUUUUAUUAUGACAUGGAAUACUGUGUGGAUUAUUCGACAUUUCGAACCUUGGUUGAAGACAUUUUCGAACUUCCUACCGAGAGCCAAUCACUUUUGUCGAAUUUGACCUGUCUUGAUGAAAAACCGAUUACUGUAAUGCCCUUGGCGGUUUUGCCGGAUAUUAAAUCUACAGAACCAGAAUUGGCCUUACUUGAUCUCUACUCUGGCUGUGGUGGAAUGUCAACUGGACUAUGUCUUGGCGCCAAACAUUCUGGUGUCAAUCUCGUGACGAAGUGGGCUGUUGAUUCGAGUAGCGCUGCAUGUGACAGUUUAAGGCUUAACCAUCCAGAAACCCGUGUUAGAAAUGAAUCAAUUGAUUGUUUUCUGAAGCUAUUAAAACAUUGGGAGAAAUUGUGUAAAAUGUACGUGUCCGACUUAGAUAGAACUCUUAGAUGUGAAUUAGAGGAUCCACUGGAAGCUGAAGCCAAUACGACUCAAUCAGCAGAAGAGGAACCUUCUGGAGAAUAUGAGGUUUCGCGUCUAGUCGAUAUUUGUUAUGGAGAUCCAAACGAUACUGGAAAGUGUGAGCUACACUUCAAGGUACGUUGGAAGGGAUACAGCCCAGAUGACGAUACGUGGGAACCAAUCAAUGGACUGAGUAACUGCCGAGAGCGCAUACGAGAUUUUGUCGUCAAAGGGUUCAAAUCCAAAAUCCUCCCUCUCCCUGGUGAUGCUGACGUCAUCUGCGGCGGCCCGCCUUGCCAGGGCAUCAGCGGCUACAACCGGUACCGCAACUUCGAGUCCCCGCUGGCGGACGAGCGUAACCGCCAGAUCAUCGUGUUCAUGGACGUGGUGGAGUUCCUGAAGCCGAGGUACGCCCUGAUGGAGAACGUGACGGACAUCAUCCGCUUCGACGGCGGCUCCCUCGCCCGCUACGCCCUCAGCCGCAUCGUGCGCAUGCGCUACCAGGCAAAGCUCGGCACCGCCGCCUCCGCCUGCUACGGCCUCCCUCAGUUCCGCCUCCGCGUCUUCAUUUGGGCCGCCGCCCCUUCCCAACGCUUGCCCCCCUUCCCCCUCCCCACCCACGACGUGGCCUCCGUCCGCUGCUGGCCCCCACUCGAGUUCGAGCGCAACCUCAUCGCCCACGACGAGGGUGGGCCCCGCCUGCUCGAGCCCCCCGCCGUCCUCCGCGACUCCAUCUCCGACCUCCCGGAGGUCGCCAACGACGAGGCUAGAGAGGAGAUGGCGUACGACAAGCCUCCAGAGACGGAGUUCCAAUCCUACUUACGGUCGGGGAGUCGUGGUGAGAUUCUGUACGACCACAGGCCAUUGCGGUUGUCGGAGACAGACUACAUGCGCGUGUGCCUGGUCCCGCGGAGGAAAGGGGCGAGUUUUCGGGAUUUUCCGGGGAUUGUGGUGGGGGAAGACAAUGUGGUACGGAGGGUGGAGGGCUCGGUGGUGCUGCUACCCAAUGGGAGGCCGCUUGUGACGGACGGCGUACUGAACUUCGAAGGGGGGAAGUCGAGGAGGCCGUAUGCGAGGGUGUGGUGGGAUGAGACUGUGUCGACUAUAGUGACGUUCCCGCACGUAAGGGCGCAGGCGAUCCUGCACCCGGAGCAGGACAGGCUGCUGACGGUGAGGGAGUGCGCGAGGCUGCAGGGGUUUCCAGAUUAUUACAGGUUUUGCGGGACGAUCAAGGAGAGGUACCGACAGAUUGGGAAUGCGGUCUCGGUUCCGGUGUCGAGGGCGCUGGGGUAUGCGCUGGGGAUGGCGUGCAGGAAGGCGGUUGGUGAAGGGCACUUGAUGUCCUUGCCACCCAAGUUUUGCUGUCAGCUCGACUUCUGUUCAGGGGAGUGA